CGAUAUGCAUCAUAGAAUCAUGAAAUGAAUUUGCUACAAACAAUUUACUGAAGUCACAUGUAUAGACAGAUUCCGUUAUAAAGUGUAUUAUUUCGUUUAAUUCAAAUUUAAAAAGGUGUAAAUCACAGUCAUGUCGUACCCACCACCAUCAGGGCCUCCUCCCCAAUACACGCCGUAUCCUGGUCAACAACCAGCGCCCAGUACAUAUUAUGCAAACCCAGGCUCCGUCACUUAUGUACCAGCACCGGUAUACAUGCCCGUAUAUCCACCUCAAGCGAAUGUCGUGCCUCAACCUCAGCAGCCACCAAACUCCACAUACGUCACAAACAUUUACCAGCAACCCAUACCGGAACCAGUUCAAGUCGUUGAACAUGCUACAGAGGUUAUUGAUUGGGUAUCAGCUACACCAAACUUAAUUGACAGUCUUCGAAGCAGAGCACUAGUGGCAGGAAGAGAAGGCUGGGAUUCUAGCCCACUGUGGGUAAUUAGAGCUCAUCACGGCGGCGAAUUUGUCCCAGGAAAACUCUCCGUCAAAUAUCGUUCCGCUUAUGUACCCCAUACGGGGAGAGAAGUGCCAGUGCACAAUUUUGAGGUGUUAUUGGCUAAAUCCGACGAUGUGCGCUGGCUCCCAUGUGCUGGCGGGAAGGUACCACCCGGAGCCAUAGCUGCUGGCAACACGCAUAGUGGUGAACCACUCUACAUCGCAAGAGUAAAUCAUUCUAACACUGUCACCCCAGGAAAAGUCCAUCCUAGUCAUAAUUGCUGCUAUAUUUCAUUCGGAGGAAAGGAAAUUUCAUACCAAUCGUAUGAAGUUCUGUGCAGAUCGUUCAUCUAAAUAUUAUCAAUUAUUUAUCCUGUAUUUCUUGCCACAUAA